UUUCCUAAUUGAAAAUGCAUCUGAUAAUAACACACUCUGUGUCGAACCUAAAUAUGACAUUAAUUGUUUAACAUUUUAUUGUCAAUGCAAGGACUGAGAGAAAAAUUCUAUUUGAAUAAAUUGUUCUGAAUAACUUGAAAAUAUUGGUAUGAAAACAGAAGAGAAUUACAACACAAAGUUUGAGAUUGUGUUUAUGGCCUCCUCCUCUCGUCAAGUUAAAUUAUGCCACAUUUCAAUUAUUUUGGCGGGCUAAUAUGUGAAGUCGUUAUCAAUGUGACAGAUAAGAUUCUCAUUUAGUUUAGCAGUCGAAGAAGAAUAUUUUUUUCAGUACGUACUGUCAUUGUAUCGUUACGAAAUCGAUUCAUCGAAAAUUGAAAACUGAUGCCAUCAAUGACACAUCUGUCGACGUCUCAAGCGUACAAAUAUGUCUACGUGGAGUGAUUAGCAUCGGUGGAUUAAGUUUCUUGUUGCUUCUAAAGAUUUAUUUAAUUGUUGUUUUUGGGGAUAGAAAUAUUUUUAAUUCUAUAAGAAGGGAUAUUUAAUUAGUGCAAUCAUGUUGAAGGCUGUUAUUUUGAUUGGAGGACCUUUAAAAGGGACAAGAUUUAGACCUCUGUCUCUGGACAUCCCUAAGCCAUUAUUUCCAGUAGCUGGAUUACCUAUGAUACAACAUCAUAUUGAAGCAUGUACAAAAGUGCCUGGUCUCAAUGAAGUGUUGAUAAUCGGUGCAUAUCCCAAAAACGAUUUAGAUCAAUUUGUUCAAGAGAUGUCAAUUAGCUAUGGCAUAAUUAUUAGAUAUCUACAGGAAUUUACUCCUCUUGGAACAGCAGGAGGCAUGUAUCAUUUCCGUGAUCAGAUUCGUUCAGGCAGUCCAAUGUACUUUUUCAUAAUGAAUGGAGAUGUCUGUGCUGACUUUCCUCUGUUGGAAAUGGUUGAGUUUCACAAGAAAAAGCAGGCAUUGCUCACAAUCAUGGCAACGGAAGCGACUCGACAGCAAUCCUUGAAUUACGGAUGUAUGGUUUUGGGGAAAGAGGGAGAAGUAGCGCAUUAUGUCGAAAAGCCUUCAACAUUUGUAUCGACUCUUAUUAACUGCGGAGUAUAUCUUGCCUCUCUGGACAUCUUUCAAACAAUGGCAGAUGUCUUUCAUGCUAACCAGCAGCAAGAUCACAUAAUGCAAGUGUGCUGUAAUGGCAGAGAUCCGGCACACAUUGCAUUUGAGCAAGAUAUACUUACACGUUUGGCAGGAUCCGGACGGUUGUACGCUCUACCAGUGUUCAGAUGGUGGUCGCAAGUGAAAACUGCGGGCUCUGCAAUAUACGCAAAUCGACACUAUUUAGCUCUCUACAAGCAAAAGCAGUCAAAUCGCCUCGCUUCCAUUAAUAAUAGCUCUUGUAACAUUGUGGGAGAUGUAUAUAUUCAUCCAUCCGCUACUGUACACUCAACUUCUAUGCUAGGUCCGAAUGUAAGCAUAGGUCCAAAUACAACUAUUGGGCCUGGUGUAAGAAUUAGAGAGUCGAUUGUAUUGGCUAAUGCAUACAUACAGGCUCAUUCUCUUAUCCUACACAGCAUUAUAGGAACAGGCACCAAUGUAGGCGAAUGGGCUCGCGUUGAAGGGACUCCUUGCGAUCCCAAUCCUAACAAACCAUUUGCGAAAAUGGAAAAUCUGCCACUGUUUAAUGUGAAUGGCAAACUCAAUCCCUCCAUCACGAUACUUGGCACCAGUGUGAGUUUGGCUGCGGAAAAGAUUCUAUUGAAUUCGAUUGUUCUGCCACAUAAGGAGCUUACGAGAAACUAUAAGAAUGAAAUUAUUCUGUAAUUGUUUAAUAUCUGCUGUGACUAUGGAAUGUAUUAAUGUUUUGGAUAUUAAGAUAUACAAGCACAAAUGAUAAAAUGCUAAGUAUAUGUAAGAUAAUUUUUGAAGUAUUUUUACGUUAAAUUUUAUAUAAUUUUCACAAUACAAAAUUAACAUAAGACUGUUAUACAUAUUUUGUACAUGUGGCAAUUUAAUAUGUGGGAAUUAUAAAUUGUACAUAGAAGUGAUAGCAAAACACAAUUUUUACAAUAUAAAGAAU